AUGGUUUUCUCAUCCCCUAAAGAUAUGAUUUCAUGGUGGAGUGGUGGCGCCGGCCUCACCGGGGCUGCGACCUUUGAUCUCACUGUUAGCAGGUCCUCCGUCCUCCUCCGGCUUCCUAUCCCCGAGGAAAGAAAUGACCACUCACUUUGGACGGAUGCUCUCUGUGAAUUCAAAUACCAGGCCCGUGGUUCGUCUCUGCUGGCUGCGUUGCCAAGGGAUGCUAAGCACGACCCGGCUUUGCAUGAGAACCCGACCGCCGGAUACUCCAGGAAUCUUUGGAGAUUCCGUGCCGGGGUGACCCUUGUGAUGAGGUGA